AUGCAGUACCCAAAGGGCUGGCUUGCUCCAGUCGGCACAGCUCUUCUUAUUUUGUCUACUGUUACCCAAUAUUCUGAUGGAGCUGCCAUUGGAACUCUGGGAUCAAUUGGUUCCAGUUCCAGUUUGAUUUCUACCUCGUAUGCUACAUCUUCCCUGUUUGAAAGUGGCACAGCAGCAACUGAGAUAAAUCACAGGUCUCCUGGUACGAAACCGUCAGCUGCAACCGCCACCACGCAUCCGACUCCCACUGCAUCUGUAUCUUUGAGCAGUUCCAGCCAGUCCGGCAAUAAGUUUUCGACACUCUCUAGGAGUAGCCAAGGUACCACUGGCUCUCAUGUCACUUCCUCGGACCACGACAUUUCCUCGUCGUCAGUGACUUUGACCUCAUCGUCUUCACCUUCUAAGAAGUUGGAUUCUAGCAGCACUGCUUCUCGUACAACUUCCUCACGGGUUGCCAAGAAUGGCAGUAACAGCUCAGCUUUUUCUUCAAGUGCUAAGAUACCUCAGCAGGAUGCUGCCAGCGCCACGUCUUCUAAGACAUCUAGUGAGCAUGAUACCUUAACUUCAGAACGCUCAACCUCCAGGUCUUCAGAUCUAGAAAGUACCAAGGCUUUUGAAGCAUCGAGUAGUAGCAGCAAUGGGGCCUCCUCGAAAGCCUCAUCGCAUGCCACUACGGGUACCAUUUCAGAUGCCCCGGCUGUCCAGAUAGUCACUGAAGUUGUAUCUGGUACAACCGAAAAGGUCCCUGUCAUUUCAGAUACUGCGGAGUCAACCCUAAUUACUCUUGCACCUGUCACAACAAAUAUCGCUACUUCGCAAGCCACAUCAAGCGCGUCUUCAGUUUCGACCGAGCUUGCAGCUCUGAUACCCAUUCUCAAGUCAUGGAAAAAGAACCCUACAUCGAAGAAAUCAAACACCUUGAACAAGAUCAAGGAUGUUAAAAACCAUGUCGAAGAUUUUAUUUCCCAGAUAGGCACUGAGUCCUCCUCCAAAGGAUGUGGCUCAAAGAAGAAGAGAAGCGCGCUGGGUGAUCUCUUUGGUGAUAUCACUGGAUCUCUAUCGUGCAUUGAUAAGGGUCUAGAUGAUGCUAUUGACAAAGUCAACACCAACAAUGUUAAUGCUAUUGACAGUACCGUGGAAAAACUAACAAUGGGGAACACAAACCUCGACAAUGACACCGAAAAUGACGAUUCCAAGGACAAAUAUUCCAAGGACAACGACUCCAAAGACAAUGAAAGCAAAACAGAUGAUGAUUCAUCUACCAGUGAAGCAAGUUCGAAUACUUCCAAAACCUCCUCAGACACUUCUUCGUCCACAUCAUCCUGUACAACACACACGGCAUUGCACAUCACUACCAAGUGUGUUCCCACUUCAAAGACCACUGGAGGUUCUACAAUUUCAACAACAACAUGCACGCCCUCUACCACCGUGACGACAGGAGGCUGCUCUGUAACUGGAUUGACAACAACUAUCUCCAGCUCCGCGUCAAGCACAAUUUACCCCCUCUGUGCGUCCGGAAAAUGCGGCAAUGGCAGUGGAUGUGAAAAAUACACUGGACCCCUCAGCGGUGCUCUGGGGGCCACUGUGUCUACCACUAAAACUUGUUCUUCGGUAUCAACAGUCACUACUGAUAUAGGUACUGCAAGCUUUGGCACCUUCCGAAGCGUCGCCGAAGCAGCUCCAACGUCAGAUUCCAAUGCCGCGGAACGGUCCUCUUCUGCAAACGAAAACUUGCUAGUGGCUCCUUUAAACAAACGGGCACUUCUGGAGCCCGCGGAUUACGGUCUACAUGUUUCGAUGAUGAGCUUGGCUCUUACCAAUAGUAAUGCAUGGGCCUCCCAAUAUGGUGGCGCUUCUGGGACUUGGUCUGACUGGUCCACUGAAAUUGGACAAUUAGACGGCAUGAACGGCAUUUAUGGCUGUACAGUGGUCUUUAUCGUAUCCACGAAAGGUGUCUAUAGGUCACACAUCUGGCAAGAGCCGAUCUUCGUCAAUAAGCAGAACGAGCCGUCGCCGACUGCUUACUUCCACGAGCAGACCUUCAUGGCUCUUCGUGGCGGUGUUCAAAAUGAAGCCGAGAGUCUCCUUGAGCUCAUUGGGACCAAAGAAAAUAAGGGUGUAUUGCAUCCAGAAUACAACCCUCAGGUCCAUGUGGUCACUCCUUUUGCGCUUGACGGGCAGACCCUCGAAUAUUUUGAACGCGCGCACCUUCUUGCCGACAUGCUGACCAAUCUCUUUGCUCAAGAGGAUACGACAAGGAAGGUCUGGGGAUAUCACCGUUAUGAUGAAGAAACAUCCAUGGCAGCGUUUGGAUUCCUCGGCAGAACGAUUGUGGAACAUGAUCCUGUACAGUUCGUAAUUAUGGCUCCAGAAGAAGGAGAUCAGGCUCCGAAAAAAAUGAAGUUACAGGCAGGUGGCGGCUCUGGGUCGAGGAUCGCCUCGUGUGGCAGCAGGACUAUGACCAUGGCUUUACUCAGCGUCUGA